AUGACUGGCAUUGUCCCGAAUGACCUUGCCCAUUCUCCUAUAACGAAAUACAAAGACGAACCUAUUGAGCACCCUUUGCGACAACCACAUCCAAUCUCUGGGCAUCAAGGCCCUCAACAUUCACAUCUCCAUCAUCCCGGCUCAGCAAGCCUCGCGCAAAAACCGAAGCAACCCGAGCCGCCGCACCAGCCUAGCACAAAUCUCUCUCCCGGAUCAUAUGGUCCUCAUACAUUAGGAAACGGGGUCUUGCAUCACCAACACCCAUACGGCCCACAAGCCCAAGAACAAACCUAUUAUACAUCACAUCCAGCUUACACCACGGCGAGCGCUCCCGGCCAAUAUCCAUCUAGCGGUCCUCAAGAAAUCAUGGCGACCACGCAAAUGCAUCGGCCAUAUCCUCCCAUCUACCAUACGCCGCAAUCAAGCUCACCUGUUUCAGUGACCUCUCAGACUCAUGAACAGCAUAAUAGAAGCCUCUAUACACAGUCACCCCAGAUGACGUCGACAUUAUAUGGCUAUCAGCAAGCUUUAUCAGCGCUGAACCCAGUUCAACCUUCACCGUACGGUGCACACCCGUCUCCUCAACAACCCCCUCUCACGUCCCAGUCGUUGAUGAUGCCGCAUCAAACAAGCACAUCCCAGCUACCGCACCAGUCGUCCCAACCACCAACUGCCACAUUGACCAGUCCUGGCUCUGCGACAGUACAGCAAGCAACGCCCCCACAGAGGGCUCUCUUGAACGCUCCGCAUUCUACCACCGGAGCACCGCUUCCACCAAACAAUGGGAACCAUCAAAGCCCAAACCUUGGAGCGAGCUCUAGCGCAGCGCCAGGCCCUAUUCCAGCGACAACUCCCCUAGUUGUGCGACAAGACAGCAACGGUGUCCAGUGGAUUGCUUUUGAGUACUCUCGUGAUCGCGUAAAGAUGGAGUAUACCAUCCGAUGCGAUGUGGAAUCCGUUAAUGUGGACAACCUAAGCCAGGAAUUCAAGACCGAGAACUGCGUCUAUCCGCGUGCAUGCUGUAGCAAGGACCAAUAUCGAGGAAAUCGGCUGGUCUACGAGACUGAAUGCAAUGCCGUUGGCUGGGCACUGGCAGAUCUCAACCCAGCUUUGCGGGGAAAGCGCGGGCUGAUCCAGAGAGCAGUUGAUAGUUGGAGAAAUAGCAACCAGGACCCUCGAUUGCGGAGCAGGAGGGUAAGGCGAAUGGCCAAGAUAAACCGACGACAAGCUAUUCCCCCGCCGCCACCACCGCCACAUAUGACCCCUACAGCUGCAGUUGCAUCUGUUCCGAACUCUAAUCUUACACCAGUCGGUCCGCGGCCUUCACUGGGACCACUGGCGGCCAUGGGGCCACCGCAGCUACACCACCACCACGCUCAACCAGACGGACACCCGGGCCACGAGGAGGUUAGCGGUCCUACCGAGUUCGCGAGUGCUACAAAUCGCCCGCUGCCACCCGCACCUCCUCCUAGUGGACAUUCACCAACGGAUACCCGCACCGGCCAGGUAUUCCAGGGGUACCCUGCAUUCCCGCUCCCUGCAAACUCGUCGACCGGGAAUCGGGGCCCUUCCAUACCUCCCCUAAUUCGAGAUAGCGGAAUCGGCUCCUUCGGACGACACCCAGCUGUCGCAACUUCAAGCCGAGUCGAAGAGGUAGAAGUGGAGGAUGAGCAUGACCCAAGUAAAGAUGACCUGUUUGGAACACUACCGGAUGGCAAGCGUCGUAAAUUCAUCCUCGUCGAUGACACGCAGCGAGGCUGCCGUGUCCGCGUCAAGGUCAUGCUAGACCAGGUUGACAUGGACGAGAUCCCCGACUCAUACCGAAUGUCGAAUUCCGUAUACCCCCGUACUUACUUUCCGGUCCAAAUGAAGAGCCCUCGAAGUCAUGCACCUCCUGGCAAUAGGUAUAUCAAGGAUGAUACAGAGGUCAACGACGGUCUCGGUGACGAUGAAAGCGCAACCAUCGGACGGACCAUGGUUCCCGCCCUUCAAGUCGACGACGACAGUGAGAUUUGUGUUCCUAAAAUCUCGAGGCGCCGACAUCGGAAAGAGGUGCUAUUGAAUGACCUGGGUUACCGAAUGAGCUGGAGUCAGAGCAGAGUAUUCGCUGGACGGAUGCUAUUUCUUCAACGGUCUCUGGACGCAUAUCGAAACAAAAUGCGCAGCACUAUGCUGGCCGCCGGCCAGGAGGCAGGAUCCAUUCCACCGCAUUUCGAAACCCGCGCGGGAAAGCGACAAUUCCUUGACCGUAGGAGGAAAACGGCUGUUUCAUCUGUUCGCGAAGGCGGACACGGCAUUUCUGCGUCCCAGCGCGAAGCCGAAGAAGUCGAGCCCUAG